UCUCUACCGACCCUUUGUUUGAUCUCUACCAAAAUGUGGAGAGUGCAAAGGAACUUUGGGAUGCUCUUGAGGCCAAGUACAUUUCGGAAGAUGCUUCAAGUAAGAAAUUCCUUGUUAGUAAUUUUAAUUCUUUUAAAAUGACUAAUGAUCGGCCUAUUAUGGAGCAAUUCCAUGAGGUUCAUCAUAUUUUGAACCAAAUAAGAUCACAUGGUAUGGUGAUGGAUGAGGCAAUUGCGGUUGCCUCAAUCAUUGACAAAUUACCAAAUUCUUGGAAAGAUACAAAACAUCUUUUAAAACAUAAAAGGAAGACAUGUCCAUGGAGCAAUUAGGAACUCAUCUUCGUAUUGAAGAGGGGAUCCGGGCUCAAGAUGGGGUUAAGGAUACUACUCCUAGUAUUCCUAAAUCUACCGUUAAUUUGGUAGAGGUUGGUGGGUCUAGUAAGACCAAGAAAUCCAACAACAAAAACAACAAUAACAAAACCAAUGUUGCAAACAAGAAGAGGAAGACCCUCUCUUGUUGGAUAUGCAAUGGUCCUCAUCUUAAGAGGGAUUGUCCUUCUAACAACAAGAAGAAGACAAAGAACACACAACCUAGUGUUGUUCAAAACCAAGGUUGAUGAUUCUUGGUGGAUAGAUUCGGGAGCCUCUAGACAUGUGUGCAAUAACAAGGAUUUCUUCAAGUCUUUGAAAGAUUUGGAUGAUGGUCCAAUCUUGUAUAUGGGGAAUGAUUCUACGGUAAAGGCU